AUGGGUCAGAUGGCCAAGAAUCCCUAUCAUAUUCGCUCGAUGGAAAAGAAGGAUUUCAACAAUGAAUGUCUUGGCCCGUACCUUGGUGUCCUUAUUAUUGAUCCUGGUCUGAUUGAUAAGGAGCGAGCCGGUGUGCUUGUUGGAUCAGGGUUGGGUGGCAUUACGGUUUUUUCUGAUAGUGCUCAGGCUCUCAUAGAGAGAGGUUACAGGAAAAUCACACCAUUUUUCAUACCUUAUGCUAUUACAAACAUGGGUUCUGCCUUGCUUGCAAUUGACAUUGGUUUUAUGGGACCAACCUAUUCAAUUUCAACUGCUUGUGCUACUUCCAACUAUUGCUUCUAUGCUGCUGCAAAUCACAUCCGUCGAGGUGAGGCUGAUAUGAUGAUUGCCGGUGGAACUGAAGCUCCCAUUGUUCCUAUUGGAUUGGGAGGUUUUGUUGCUUGUAGGGCUUUGUCUCAGAGAAAUGAUGAUCCAAAAACUGCUUGUAGGCCAUGGGACAAAGAUCGAGAUGGCUUUGUCAUGGGUGAAGGAGCAGGAGUUUUGGUGAUGGAAAGCUUGGAACAUGCAAUGAAAAGAAAUGCACCAAUACUAGCUGAGUACCUUGGAGGUGCAAUAAAUUGUGAUGCUUAUCAUAUGACCGAUCCAAGAUCUGAUGGACUUGGUGUUUCUUUAUGUAUACAGAGCGCCCUUGAGGAUGCUGGUGUGUCACCAGAGGAGGUUAACUAUAUAAAUGCACAUGCUACUUCCACAAUAGUUGGUGACCUGGCUGAGUUGAAUGCUAUUAAAAAGGUAUUCAAGAGCACAUCAGAGAUCAAAAUGAAUGCUACUAAGUCUAUGAUAGGGCAUUGCCAUGGUGCUGCUGGGGGUAUGGAAGCUAUCGCUACAGUGAAAGCCAUUACGACAGGGUGGCUUCAUCCUACUAUAAAUCAAUUUAAUCCAGAGUCUUCGGUUGAGUUUGACACUGUAGCAAACAAAAAGCAGCAGCAUGAAGUGAAUGUUGCCAUCUCAAAUUCAUUUGGAUUUGGCGGACACAACUCCGUUGUGGCUUUUUCUGCGUUCAAACCCUGA